AUGAAAGAGGAUGAAGGACGGGAAUCUCUAUUGCUUGACCAUUAUGGUCCGGAUGGAGGAGAAUCUCAAUCGCUGCUCUCGGGAUCUUCGAGCAAAGAACCCGAUCUGACAGCCCAUCUCCGUCCAAAUAGUCCUCCCCUGACCUCCCCGUCUGCUCAUCCUGGUUCGCACCAAUAUCGAUCGUCGAUAUCUCAGCCUGCUCCGGAUGGGCAACGUCGUCCUCCUCGUACAAUGAAUCGUGUUCGUUUUGACAUUGAAGAAGAAUUGGAAGAGGAAAGUCACGCGAAUGGACACGCUCGCGACUCGGAAGACUCGUGGCUGGAGGAGGAGGAUUAUGCGCGGCCAAAUGCGAGCCGAUCGGGAAGAGGUGGCAGAGAUCAGAUGGUUCCUCUCCUGACGGAUAUAGAGGCCCCCAGUGUAACCCUUGCGACCUCCGAGGAUUUCUUCCCCGAGGAUCACCUUGAGAGCGCCAGGCCGAGGAGCGGAAUGCGGAUGGCUUUCAUGAAUAUGGCCAACAGCAUUAUAGGAGCUGGUAUCAUCGGACAACCUUAUGCGCUUCGGCAGGCGGGCAUGACAAUGGGAGUUUUACUCUUAUGCGCGCUCACAGUCGCAGUGGAUUGGACGAUUCGCUUGAUUGUGGUCAAUUCUAAAUUGAGCGGCGCGGAUUCCUUCCAAGCAACGAUGCAGCAUUGUUUCGGGAAAAGUGGUCUCGUUGCGAUCUCCGUUGCUCAGUGGGCUUUUGCAUUUGGCGGCAUGAUUGCAUUCUGUAUAAUUGUGGGGGAUACUAUACCGCAUGUUUUCAGCUCUUUGUUUCCUUCCCUCCGGGAUAUGUCCUUCCUCUGGCUCCUUACCGACAGGCGGGCUAUCAUUGUCCUUUUUGUCCUGGGCAUCUCAUACCCAUUAUCUCUGUACCGGGACAUUGCCAAGCUGGCUAAGGCGUCUACGUUAGCGCUCAUAAGUAUGUUGGUGAUUGUCGUGGCUGUAGUGACCCAGGGGUUCCGAGUUCCCUCAGAAUCUCGUGGAGAGGUGAAGAGCCUGCUUUUUGUCAACUCCGGUUUCUUCCAGGCCGUGGGAGUAAUAUCUUUCGCCUUCGUUUGCCACCACAAUAGUCUCUUAAUUUAUGGUUCUCUCAAGAAGCCAACCAUGGAUCGCUUCGCAAUGGUAACCCAUUACUCAACCGCCGUCUCCCUUUGUAUGUGCUUGGUUAUGGGUAUCUCAGGCUUCCUCUUCUUCGGAUCCGAGACCCAAGGCAAUGUGCUCAACAACUUCCCUUCUGAUAAUGUAAUGGUCAAUAUCGCACGGCUGUGCUUUGGCCUGAAUAUGCUCACAACACUGCCGCUUGAAGCCUUUGUUUGCCGAUCAGUCAUGACGACCUACUACUUCCCCGAGGAGCCCUUCAAUAUGAAUCGACACUUAAUAUUCACGACGUCCCUGGUGGUGACAGCUAUGGCCAUGGCGUUGUUCACUUGUGAUCUCGGAGCUGUAUUCGAGCUCAUUGGCGCAACAAGUGCUGCUGCUUUGGCGUAUAUAUUCCCUCCGCUUUGUUACGUGAAAUUAAGCAAUGCGAGUUGGAAAGCCAAGAUUCCCGCAUUUCUGUGUAUCGCCUUUGGUAUCACAGUUAUGGGAGUCAGCCUGUUGCAAGCUGUUGCAAAGAUGAUAAGCAACGAGGGUGGCACGAAAACUUGCAGUGCUUAG